GCGCGCGCGGCCCGGGGGGCUUGGCGGCAGCGGCGCUCGGCGAGGGCGGCGCCGCGGCGGGCGCGCGAGCGGACGCGCGAGCGGACGCGGCGGACGCGCAAGCGGACGCGCGAGAGGGCGCGCGAGCGGACGCGCGAGCGGACGCGCAAGCGGACGCGCGAGGGGGGCUCGGCGCGGGCGCGCGGCGGACGCGCGAUCGGAGUUCGCGCGCCUGGAGCUCGGUGAAGAUCCGCAACCCGAGGGAGCUGACGCUGGGCAAGAACAAGUUGAUGCUGCCCAGCUACGCGGACGUGAUGAGGAUGUGGGAGGGGGAGAUCUCGAAGCCGGACUUCACCGUCCACAAUGCCGCAAAGUGCCUCAAGUUUCUGGACAAGGUGUAUCUAAAGGGCGUGGUGUCCAGCGACCCCGGCCUGGGCGGCUUGCUGGACCGCCUCGGGGCGCUCCUGGAGGAGAGCGACGUGCCCGAGGGCGUGGCCGCCAGGAUCUUCUCGUCCUCCAUGAAGCUCGGCGACCGCCUGCCGCACGUCCCGGAGUUGCUGUUGCCAAAGGUGGCGCCCGUGAUGGCGCGGGACCUCGAGUCGAUGGGCCCCGACGAGGUCGUGGCGGUGCUGUCCGCUGGGGAAGCGGUGCGGGACAGGAUGCCGGAGCUCUGGGCCCGGCUGCCGUCGCGGCUGUUCGUGCUGAAGAACUGGGCGCGGUCGAUGUCGCUGGAGCAGCUGCCCGGGCUGGCCUCCAACCUGAGCCUGCUGCCGCCCGGGGAGGCCGUGGCCGGCGCCCUGGCCAUGCUGGAAGAGGAGCUCGUGCGCCGGCUGCAGCACCCCGCGCUGAUCACCCCGGCGGGGUCGGGCCUCACGGAGUUGGUCGAGCUGCUGUGGCGCCUGGCCGAGGGGGGCGCGAGGCCGCUGCAGCGGGGCACGCGGGAGAUCCUCGUCAACAUCACGACGCAGCAGGCGAGGCACUGGAACAAGGAGUACUUGGACGACAUGUGGCGCAUCGCGUGCAUGUUCGCCGAGAUGGGCUGGCACGAGGAGGGGAUGCUGAAGGCCAUGGCCAGGCGGGCGGUGCGCGAGAGGCUCGCCGGGCUGAGCGGCUGGGGCGUCGCGGCGCUCUCGUGGUCCUUCAACGAGUUCGCUGCCGCGGACGACGGCCUCGACACCUUCCGGAAGCGACUGCGCCUGGAGCUGAAGAACCGGUCCAUCACAGAGGAGCAGGCCGAGCGCAGCCGCCUGGGCCCCGACGGCGGCGGGAACGAGACGCUGCGGGCGCUCUGGACGUCUGCUGCCCCGAGGGCCCGGCUGCGCUCCGGCUCGAGCGUCAUCGCGCCGCACCCGUCGCUGCCGUCCGAGGAGGUGCUGCGCUCCGGCAGGAAGCAGGGCCGGAGCUAA